GUCUACGAAAAGUGCAAAUAGUUUUUAUUUUAAUAAUGAACAAUACCAAGAAAUGUUAGAAUUAGUUAAGUUGGCAAAAAAAUCUAUGACUACGCUACAAUAUCGGCGGUUAAAGAGGUUUGACAUAUGUUCUGUUAGAGGCGUUGAAAAGCUUAUUGCUCGUAUAUCGUCAGGUGAAUCUAGCAUUAAAUAUUACGUUACAAACAACGAAAUGUUUGACAUUUUGCAUGAUGCACAUUUAGCUAUAGGACAUGGCGGUAAGCACCGUAUGGAAAGCGAAUGUAAAAAAAAGUACAAGAAUAUAACUCAAGAUGUUAUUAAGUUAUAUCUGCGCUUGUGUGAAGGGUGCCAAAAGCAACUGAAAUCUGCCAAAAAAGGACUUGUGGUUAAACCAAUGGUUUUUUCGGAGAUGAACAGCCGUUGUCAAGUGGAUCUAAUUGACAUGCAAUCCCAUCCGGCUAGAGAAUACAAAUUAAUUAUGGUGUAUCAAGACCACUUAACUAAGUUUGUUCAAAUACGUCCAUUAACGUCGAAAAGGGCUGAGGAACUAGCUAAGAGCCUGGUAGACAGAUUUUGUAUUUUCGGCGCCCCAUCUAUACUACAAUCGGACAACGGCCGGGAGUUCGCCAACCAUGUCAUUGAAGAGUUAUGUACGAUCUGGAGUGGCCUUAAAAUAGUCCAUGGGAAACCACGUCACAGUCAGUCACAAGGCAGCGUGGAAAGCGCAAAUCAAGAUAUACAGAACAUGCUUAUGACGUGGAUGGAUGAUGAAAACUGCACGCGAUGGUCAGAAGGUCUAAGAUUUGUUCAGUUAAUGAAAAAUAGGGCAUACCAUGAUGGGAUAAAACAAGCUUCUUAUGCCGCCAUGUUUGGGCAUGAUAUUAGAGUCGGCCUAUCCACAUCAGCUUUUCCAAAGGAAGCUAUUGAACCAAAGAAGAGCGCGAGAAAGUAGUAAAGGAAUUUGGUUUAGGUGAGCCUCAGCAAGAAAUAAAUAUAAACCAGUCUAUGUAUAGCGACCCAGAACCAGACAAUUUGCAAGAAGAUAUUACUGAAGGUGGCAAUAUGGA